AUGGACAUGCAGAAGGGAACCCCUAUAUUGUCCAGGAUAUUGAGCCGACAUCCGUUCAGGAAUGAGCAAAAGGCUGGCUCCUUUUGGAAAAGAGUUGGAGCUUACUUCAAUGCAAGUCCUCAGCUUGUUGGUAUGCAAGAUAGAGAGGUUGGCAACUGUAAGCAAAGGUGGUCCAAGAUCAGUGACCAAGUCUCCAAGUUUGUUGGCUCGUUACAUGCUGCAACAAGUCAGCAAUCAAGUGGUCAGAAUGACAAUGAUGUAAUGAAGCUUGCUAAUGAAAUCUAUCCCCAUGAUUACGGUGCCAAGUUCACACUUGAGCAUUGUUGGAGGGAGCUCAAAUAUAAACAGAAAUGGCUGGCAACUUUCGGGAUAGAUAACAGCAAGUCAAAAAGAAGGAAGGUUGAAGAUGGUUCUCAAGCUUCUGUCCAGUCAUCGAGCCAUGGAGAUCAAAAAGAGGCUCGUCCUGAAGGUGUGAAGAAGGCAAAGUCAAGGUUGAAGGCUCAACUGAGUGCCAAAGAGAUGGAAGCAACCAGCAGCAAGCCUGUGGAGAAGUUGCAAGAGAUGUUUGAGAUAAGGAAGCAGGAUCAUGAAUUGAAGAAGCAAGACUUUGAAAUGAAGGAGAAGCUUAAUAAGCAACAUAUGUUGGAGACUCUCCUUGCAAAAAAAGAGCCUCUUAGUGAGACUGAACUGGCUUUGAAGAACAAACUAAUAAGUGAUAUGUUGUCAUAA